AUGCUGCACCAGAAUAUGGAAUGGGAGGGCAACCAUCAAUACAUGGCGAUGUGUAUAGCUUUGGGCUACACCAAGUCGGCAUUGCCAGAGCGAGUGUUGGACAUUGCAGACAACUCGAUUCUUCACACCGGUCUCAGAGUCGGUUUCCCUAUUGCUGAGUGCUUGACACUGAUUUUGGAGAUGGGACUUAGGUGUUGUGAAGAAUCUCCGACGAACCGGUUGGCAACAAGUGAAGCCACAAAAGAGUUAAUCUCAAUCAGAGAGAGGUUCUUUAAAGCCAGAAGAACAUACCGACGUUGA